AGGAGGAGGUGUCGGGGACAGUUUGUUGUGCUCCGGCUGCGAACAUGGCGGGCGUCGGCGACUCGGCCGCCGGCGCCGCAGCCUCCUCGGGCGGCGGCCGGGACGGCAAGGAGCGGGACAGCCGCGGCGAGGGCGAGCAGCCGCCGGCCGGAGGCGGCCCGGGCCCGGGCGGCGGCAGCCAGCGCUUCCCCGCGGGCCCCGGCCCCGGCGGCGUCCUCGGGCCCCCGGCCCCGCAGCUCACCGAGACCCUGGGCUUCUACGAGAGUGACCGGCACCGGGAGAAGCGCCGGAGCCGCUCAGAGCUUUCAUUGUUGAGGUUCCUCAGUGCUGAACUAACCAGAGGGUACUUCCUCGAACAUAAUGAGGCAAAGUAUACAGAAAGAAGAGAAAGAGUAUACACAUGUAUGCGAAUACCAAAGGAACUGGAAAAGCUUAUGAUCUUUGGAAUCUUUCUGUGCCUGGAUGCAUUUCUCUAUGUGUUCACCCUACUUCCUUUGAGAGUUUUUCUGGCAUUAUUCCGAUUCUUCACUUUGCCUUGUUAUGGCUUAAGGGACAGACGUUUGCUCCAGCCUGCUCAGAUCUGUGACAUCUUGAAGGGUGUGAUAUUGGUCAUUUGCUUCUUCAUGAUGCACUAUGUCGAUUACUCCAUGAUGUAUCAUCUGAUAAGGGGACAGUCUGUUAUCAAACUUUAUAUCAUCUACAACAUGCUGGAGGUUGCCGAUCGGUUGUUUUCAUCAUUUGGCCAAGAUAUUUUAGAUGCUCUUUAUUGGACAGCAACAGAACCUAAAGAAAGAAAAAGAGCCCAUAUUGGUUUGAUUCCUCAUUUUUUCAUGGCUGUGCUUUAUGUCUUUCUGCAUGCAAUUCUUAUUAUGGUUCAAGCAACAACUCUCAAUGUAGCUUUUAAUUCACACAACAAGUCACUGCUUACUAUCAUGAUGUCUAAUAAUUUUGUUGAAAUAAAAGGAAGCGUUUUUAAGAAGUUUGAGAAGAACAAUCUUUUUCAAAUGUCCAAUAGUGAUAUUAAGGAGCGGUUCACGAAUUACGUGCUCCUGCUGAUCGUGUGUCUCAGGAACAUGGAGCAGUUCUCCUGGAAUCCAGACCACCUUUGGGUAUUGUUCCCAGAUGUCUGCAUGGUGAUUGCCUCAGAAACUGCUGUGGAUAUUGUGAAGCAUGCCUUUAUCACCAAAUUCAACGACAUUACCGCAGAUGUCUACAGUGAGUACAGAGCUAGCCUUGCUUUUGACCUUGUUAGCAGCCGCCAGAAAAAUGCAUACACUGAUUAUAGUGAUUCUGUUGCACGGAGAAUGGGCUUUAUUCCUCUUCCACUGGCUGUUUUACUCAUCAGAGUUGUAACAAGCUCAAUUAAAGUGCAAGGAAUCCUGUCUUAUGCCUGUGUCAUACUCUUCUAUUUUGGGUUGAUAACACUUAAAAUUCUUAAUAGUAUCGUGCUAUUGGGAAAGUCAUGUCAGUAUGUCAAAGAAGCCAAAAUGGAAGAAAAGUUGUUUAAUCCUCCUCCAACCAGCACACCAGGAAAAACAUCUAAUAAAUCACAAAACAAAUAUAAAUUCUCCCAAGGACAUACUGAAGAAGAGACCUUAUCAGCUUCCAUCAUUAACCAACCCGUACAUCAAAAGGAAACUCCGGCACCGUCACUUGUCACCAGCAGUUCCGAUCAGUUCCUGACGACGCCAGACGGUGACGAGAAAGACAUCACUCAAGAGAAUUCGGAAUUGAAACACAGAUCCUCAAAGAAAGACUUGCUGGAAAUUGACAGGUUUACAAUUUGUGGAAACAGAAUUGACUAACUUCUUUGACUUUGUGUGCUUAGGAUACUGAGCGUGGGGGCAGCGCAGCCGAGGCUAAGCUCCCAGAAUGGACAAAUGCCAGACGUGGCGCCUAAAUAUUUAUUUAAAAAAACUUAAAUUAUUCAUGGCAAACAUAUUAGUAUCUUUCUACAGACGACUUGGUUUGGUUGCUGAUCAGAUCAAGUAACAACAGAGAUCUCUAACUUGCUAUGUGGAAAAUGUGAUGAAUUAUGAAAACCUCUCCCUGCUUGGCAGAGUGACCGUUUCUUUCUUUUCAAUAGACUGAAACAAAAGCAGAAUCCCUUUGGCUUUGUCAAACUGUGCUUCCAGAACAUAAAAUAUUGCCUCACGGCUUCUUCAGUAGAAAAAUAUACCUGGAAAGCUGUGAAAUCCUUAACGUGACGCUCCCUUCCCAAUGUCCUGUUUCAUAAGCACUUUUGAAACUUUUCCUCCAUCUGCCAAAGCAUUAAAGAGAAAUGAACUUUGAUAAAAUUAAAAGCCACAAUAAAUGUUAUCACCACUCAGAAUAAUCCUUGAAGAUGUAUCUGAACUAAUCAGAAUAAAAGACUAUCUUAAAUAAGACAUGAUGCAUAGUAGCAUUUUAUCUAAAAACUAAGUUAGUGAGAGUUCAUUAAAAAAAAAAAAAUUUAGAGAAGGGUCUACAUAACUG